AUGUCGCGCCACCAGGCAGUACGCAACCUCGACUACGAGGAGGCCCUAGAUGAGUUCGAAGGCGACGAUUACGAAGAUGAGGGCGAGUCUGAUCAGCUCAGCGCAGAGGAUCGUGAGGCCAUGUCGAUAGGAACAGCGACAGUGCAGAGUACUCUUGGUCCCGAUGCCGACAAAGUAACCGUGCAGCAAAUUCAAGAGUCGCUGUGGCACUACUAUUACGACAUUGAGAAGACGGUUUCUUAUCUACAAAAGAAAUUCAUCGCUCCGCCAGUGGCCACCAAGCAGGACAAGAAGGUCAAAGAUGCAGACGGGUUUGGUUGCGGAGGCAUGGACGACAAAAGUACGACUUGCGGCACAGCAUCAAUCUCAGCAUACCCAGUUACCAGGGUGGCAUUACUCUCCCCGGCUUCUUAUUUCCACGGCAUUCCUUGGAUGAAUGUUCCCAACAACCGGCAGUCCGUCUUCAUUCCUCCCUGUUCUCUUCCCGGGGGCCUUUUGGGCGGCGGUGAAGGUCCCAAGCUGUCAAAACUCCAGGCCCUGGCUGCAGCACGAAAGAAGAAGACAACCGAGGUGAACAGAACAGACGACAAGGUGGAUCGAGCCGAGAAGAGGAUGUCAACUCUUGCCAUUGAUGAAUCGUCCAAGGAGAAUCAGAGAGGCGGUUUGAGUAUGCUAGCCAAGCGACAGAAGUUGGCAGAAGGACCCGCCUCAAGGACUCAGUCUUCGAAGCCAGUCUCACCACCGCAGCAGAACGACGCGGCUACGGGAUCAGUCAACAUGGAUGUCGACACGGCCAACGAACCUCCUUCCGAGGAUCGUGAUCAGACCGAGGAUGAUUGCUUAGUGAUGCCAUCUACAAAACCAUCUGCCUUUGCUCAGACGCUGUUCGGAGCUGCUCAGGAUACUGCCGCCGCUGCUCAGACGUAUUCAUUGCCGUACAUGGACUCUUCCACCUUUGUACCCAGUGCUUUCUCUCAACCAAGCCCUGAUGACGUCGUGCUCGCCGCUCAGGCGAAAGCGGGCACCAAAUUCGACGCUGCCGCCAAGAGCGCAAGCAAAAAAGUGGUAGCCAAGUCGACUGGCUCACAAACUCCAACCCUCGAGAUGAAACAACUCCAGGUCGACGACUCAGCAGCACCGAAGAACAAAAAGCUGGACGUUAUGAAGGAGUUUGCGAAGAGCGAGAACAAAAGAAGCGCCAGCUUUGUAGUAGUCGGCCACGUGGACGCUGGCAAGAGCACAUUGAUGGGCAGAUUGCUGUUGGAGUUGAAAUACAUUGAGCAACAUCUAAUCGAUCGCUAUCGACGACAGGGGGAGAAGAUUGGAAAGUCAUCAUUCGCCCUUGCCUGGGUCAUGGAUCAGCGAGAGGAGGAGCGCGAGCGUGGUGUUACCAUCGACAUCGCCACAAAUAUGUUCGAGACCGAAAAGACACGAUUUACGAUUCUCGACGCCCCUGGUCAUCGGGACUUUGUUCCCAACAUGAUUGCUGGGGCAAGUCAAGCGGACUUCGCCAUUCUCGUCAUCGACGCCAAUACCGGGGCUUUCGAGAAGGGUUUGAAGGGCCAGACAAGAGAGCAUGCUCUGCUUCUGAGGAGUCUAGGCGUCCAACGCGUCAUUGUAGCUGUGAACAAACUGGACAUGGUUGGAUGGUCAAAAGAUCGCUUUGAUGAGAUCUCAGAGCAGGUCACGGGCUUCAUGAAAGGCAACGGCUUCCAGCUCAAGAAUGUCACCUUCGUACCCAUAUCCGGACUCAGCGGCGCCAAUUUGGUGGAGAAGCCAGAUGACGAGGGUCUAUCGUGGUACACAGGCCCGACACUCAUCGACGCACUGGAAGACUCGGAUCCGAUGGCGAGAGCGACAGAGAAGCCUUUCCGAAUGUCUAUCUCAGAAAUCUACAGAUCGCAGCAAAGCCAACUCACCGUAGCUGGCCGGAUAGAGUCGGGCACGGUUCAAAACGGCGAGGCAUUGAUUGUCCAACCAAGCGGCGAGGCUGCCUCAAUACGGUCGAUCGAGGUAGACUCCGAGGUGCAAGAAUGGGCCGUUGCAGGACAGAACGUCAAUAUCGGCUUGUACGGCAUCGACCCGAUUCACGUGCGCGUAGGCGACAUUAUCUGCACCAAGGCGGCCCCCAUCGAGACGAGCGAUACGCUGACGAUGAAGGUCCUAGCUUUCGACCACUUGAUGCCAAUGCCAGUGGAUGUCCAUCGUGGUCGUCUGCAUGCGGCUGGCAGAGUUGAGGGCAUUCCGGCUGUGCUGGACAAGUUGACGGGGGCGACGGUGAAGAAGAAUCCCAAGAUCGUGCAGCCAGGCAAGGUUGCGCGGGUGGUAGUCAAGCUAGAGUCCAAAGUGCCGUUGGAGGCUGGGCAACGAGUGGUGCUGCGAAGCGGUGGAGAGACAAUCGCGGCAGGGCUAUUAGAGUAA